AUGGAUCGGUGUGUGAAGUGCCCUGAUGAUCAGUACGCCAACAAUGGAAGAAAUCACUGUCUCAAAAAAGUUACGACAUUCCUGAGUUAUGAAGACCCUUUGGGAAUGUCUCUAGCCUGCUUGGCCCUGUGCUUCUCUGUUCUCACACUUAUUGUACUUGCUGUCUUCUUGAAGCACAGGGACACUCCCACAGUCAAGGCCAAUAACCGGACUCUCAGCUGUGUUCUACUCAUCUCCCUCAUCUUUUGCUUUCUCUGUUCCUUGCUUUACAUUGGCCAACCCAAUAUGAUCAUAUGCCUCAUGCAACAGACCAUAUUUGCAGUAGUGUUCACUGUGGCUGCUUCUACUGUGUUGGCCAAGACAAUUACAGUAGUACUGGCCUUCAAGGUUACAACUCCAGGUAGAAGGAUGAGGAGGGUGCUGGUAUCAGGAGCACCUAACUUCAUCAUUCCAAUUUGUACCAUGAUCCAACUGAUUCUAUGUGGGAUCUGGCUGGGAACUUCUCCUCCAUUUGUUGAUGUUGACAUAAAUGUUGAAAAAGACCAUAUUUUGAUUAUCUGUAACAAAGGUUCAAUUAUUAUCUUCUAUUGUGUUCUGGGAUACUUGGGCUUCAUUGCCAUGGGAAGUUUCACUGUAGCUUUCUUGGCCAGGAAUCUGCCAGACACAUUCAAUGAAGCCAAGUACCUGACAUUCAGCAUGCUGGUGUUCUGUAGUGUCUGGAUUACAUUCCUCCCUGUCUACCAUAGCACUAAAGGCAAAGCUAUGGUGGCUGUGGAGGUAUUCUGUAUCUUAGCCUCUAGUGCAGGACUGUUUUUUUGCAUCUUUGUUCCAAAAUGCUUCAUUAUUUUGUUAAGACCUAAGAGAAACUAUUUUCAAAACUUCAGGAAUACAAAUUUUAAAAUUAAAAAUGAUCUUUAA